UCCACCAGGGACCCGGAGCUGCAGCCGGGAGUGUAACACGGUGCCUCCGAAGUGAGCGCGAUGGAAUGAGGGCAAUCCUGGAUUCAUACGACAGUGAGCUGACCCCAUCGGAGCACACUCCUCAGCUCAGUCGCCGCCUUCGCGAGUCUGAAGAGAAUCUGCAGAGAGUCCAUGCACACAAUGCUGAGAUGGAGGUUCAGUUGUCUCAGGCUCUGGAAGAAACUGGUUUGCAAAAGCAAAGGGCAGAACUGCUAACCGCAGAACUCGGUCUCUUCAAGUCUCAGAUGGCCACCACGGACCAAAGCAUCUCCAUCAACAGCGAGGCCGUCAACUCCCUCAGGUUGAAAAUUGAGGAGCUUGAAGCCGAACGUGGCCGGUUAGAGGAGGAGAAUAGAAUCUUAGAGAUGAGGCUGGAGAAACUGAGUCUUCAGGGUUCCUAUGAUCCGAGCAAAGUAAAAGUGAUCCAUUUUAGUAUGAAUCCUGCUAGUAAGGCCCAACAGCAGCGCAAGGAUGAUGUCCAGACCCUCCGAGAUGAGUGCAAUAAACUGAGAGAACUUGUUCGUAUUUUAGAGGGAGGCACCACAGUUCCUGACAAACUCGAAGCAGCAGGGAGCAUCCAGGCGCCCAUUCAGGACGUUUCAGAUUUAAAGAAACAGGUGGAGAGUGCAGAACUGAAGAACCAGCGACUCCGAGAAGUGUUUCAAACCAAAAUCCACGAGUUCCGCAGUGUGUGCUACAUGCUGACUGGAUACCGCAUUGACAUUACUACAGAGAACCAGUACCGACUUACCUCAAUGUACGCCGAACAUAAGGACGAUAAUUUGCUUUUCAAGUCAACAAGUCCAUCUGGUGGAAAGUUACAACUACUGGAAACGAGCUUCUCAAGGACUUUGAAGGACUUCAUUGAUCUUCAUCUGCAUCACCAGAAUAGUAUUCCAGCUUUCUUGAGUGCUGUCACGCUUGACCUCUUCAGCCGUCAAACUUUCGCCUAGAAGACGUCUAGAUCCUGUCCCUUACCUCUCCUAGACCUUUGCUGUACUUUACCACACAUAAUGAGUUCUAUCAGAACUACACACCACUGGUAUUUCAUGUCAAAGUAACAGGGCGCUCGAGAUGAAUAUUAUGAAGGCCGGUGUUGGCAGGAGUCAUUAUUUGCUAUAUUUUUGUCUUAUUGACUACUUCAGGGGCAUGCAAUAUUUUGUAUUAAUACAUAUUUUUGCAGGGAUUUGUAUUUUUUUUUAGAUAAACAAUGCUUAACGGACUGAUAAAUGUUGGCCACUAUUGUAUAUAACCCAUUUAGCUUGGACGAGACAAUAAGUUUGCUCAUGAGAUAAGUCCGUUUCCAUUGACCUGUGUGGUAAAUGCAUGGGAGGUGAUAUUAUCAUGGCUAAUAAUUUUUUUUUUAGAGGCCUUCAUUCCAAUGGAGUGUCUGUAAAAAGGGGUCAUUUUAGAUAAGUUUGCUCUGUAACCCCUCUCAUUUUUUUUAUGACCUAUUAGUUGAAAGUGUCCAUAGGCGUUAGAUCCAGACAAUGUAUUAGUCUAGAUAGAAGUGAAGAUGAAAUCUGCCCUAUACUAUCCAGAGCACUAUUACAAGCAUUGACAUUAGCCGUGGAAGACUCUCCUAACUGGCUGGCAUAGACUCUGUAAAGUCAAAUGCUGGUCCCUCGGGUAUGGAUUAGACUUUAUUUGACUGCAGCCUUUCACAGCAUCAAUAAUUGAAAAGGUUACGGUGCGCCCAUUCAUUAUGGCAUUUGAGCCGUUUCUUAUGCUACCAAAGGCUCGUAUGCAACAGCUUGACUCCUUAUCAUGGUAUUUCAGUGUCACGUCAAGAAACCGACCUCCUGACUUCUUUCUUCAGUGUCUUCUGAUAAUGAUGAUUAUUAAACUAUCUAUUCAUCAAUUCAGACCUGUUGCUGUAACAUUUCUGACUAUUAUAAAGCUGUUGUGGCUGUUUCAACCAUUAAAAGCAAUUUUC